AUGAGGUCUUCUUCUUGCAUACCAGUGGUACUCUUCUUACUUUUCUGCCAGAGUUCAGCGAAAGAGUCGACGAAUCCCCAAUGUAGCCCAGUUUCUGGUUCCGGCACUGAACAUGGAGUCGAUUUUGUAUUCCUUCUCGAUCACUCUCUAGGAGCAGACAAGGUAUCACGGAUCCAGUUUUUAUACAAGGCCAUCUCGUGUGAAGUACCAGUAUCGCAGCAAUAUCGACUAGCUACUGUACAUAUUCCCGGAAAGUCAUCCAAGGUCGAUUUGGCAGGAUGGCAAACAAGUGCUGCAUUCCCUGACACUCUCUUUAGAGGAUAUUACCUAGGUGGUAGAGACACCAAGCCUUGUGUUUUUUUGCGUGAUGCGUUCAAAGCAGUAACAUCACACUUUGCUGGUACUGGAUCGACUUUGGGAGAGACUCCAAUACAUUUUGUUGUACCGGUCACUGACAUGCCAGGAUGUAAAGUAGAGACAGAAUUCCGGAGAUUUUUUGGACGUAACAAGAACCGUUUCAACAUUUUUCUCGAUAUUAUUGCGAUCGAGAAUCCAAUGGAGAUUGGAGACGUUGGUGUGCGAGUGAAGGUUCCACAGUGGGCAAAUAUAGAGACUAAAGUGACCUCACUGACCACUCAUGUUAACUUCGAAGACAUUUACAAGAUGGAUUCAGUUCUUCAAGAGUAUUCGGGAUGGAUUAAGAGUACACUACAAGGUUUACAAAUCAACGACGUGUUUUUGUUGGAUGACACCACUAUCGAUGAAGAACUCUCCACACUAGAGAAGGACGUAGACAAUGCGAAGAUCACUGAAUUACUGACAAGAGUAGCAUUUGGAAGACAAGCCUUUCCUCCAAAACCACCUAGAGUGAGAACGGCCCGAGGAAUUACGGACAAAUUCGAGCCACCCGAACCGUUAUCUAAUAUGCGAGUGGCAAAAUCAUCUGAUUCAGCCGGAAACGCUCAUGGUACUUCUGGGCAAAAAGCUCCGUGGGCAGAAGAAAAAUAUCACGACGAUGCGGAUCGUAAAUUGAAACCAAAUGUGGUUCCCAACGAAGAUACAACUCCAGCAAAAAAAGGAGGCAGGAAAAAUGGUUCGAAAGAAAAGCCAGUCACUUCCGCUGAACGCGUAACAUUGUCCCGAACUCCCUCUAGAGCUAAGCUCGCAACACUGUCCAAAACUCCCUCUAAGAGUGAUCGUGUAACGCUGUCCAAGUCUCCUUCUGCAGCUAAGCACAUAGUAUUUUCCAAAGUUCCCGUCAUGCACAAUGCUGCAGGAUCUGUAGAAUCCCAUGCAGUUGCGGAAAACGGAACUAAAAACACCUCUACAGCUGCAGAAAUCGGCGUUACGGUAUCUAACUCUUCUGUUAGUGCCGCAAAAAUCACUCUAAAGAGCGACCAGACAUCUGACAAUUCCUCGACCAUUGUGAGAACGGAAGCUAGAAACAAAAGUGUAACCUCUGGUUCUUCUCCGAAUAUUGUGCCACAGAAACGUGCAACUGAUAAAUUAGCCACCAAAUCUUCGGUUGCAGCACCGCGGUUACCUGCGAAAGUAAUUGAUGCAAAAGUAAUUGAUGAUCUGAAAAAAAAGAUUCCAAAAACAACUGUUAGAACCAAACGGCCAUUAUCAACUGCUCGCCACGGUGUCGCCAAGGAUACUCGACAUAAGAUAAAACCGGCAGAGGUCGAAAAGGCUCCUUGGGAACAGGGAGAAAAACCAAAAACCAAACCUAAAAAAGAGCGGAAGGUGCAUACAACUUCACGGCCACCUCGGAAAGUUCAAUGGAAACAUCAUCAAGGAGGCGAUGAUGCAUCGCAACAACAAAGUUCAGGGGACGCUCAAAGCUCUGACAGCAAAGGUUCGACUGGAUCUGGAUCUCAGUGGAGACCUACUUUUGUCCCACUUUUAAUCCUCAUCAUAAUACUAGCGUUGAUUAUCAUUUUCAUACUGAUUUGCUGCUUGUUCUUAAUAGAACCCGAAACGGCUCCAACAGACAGAAGUAGCUCAAAGAGUGACGAAAAGACCCCAUUAGUGGAUCGACAAAGUGGUGGUAAACCUACAUCCAGGGCAGCAGCGCCGCCGCAGCCAAAGGAGCAGAAGCCGCAGUCUCCACCUCCGCAACAGGAGUCCACAGCAAAAUGUGACGAACCAGUUGACUUCACACCAAUCACCAUUUCUGGUAGGCGCUCAAAUCGAAAGGAUGGCCAACAAAAGGAUGGAGAAAGCGGAGCACCAUUACUUAACGCCGAUGAAAUCAAAAUUUCCCAUGACACUCCGGGCGGUUCUGGUCACGAUCCUGAGAAACCUGAUAUCGAUUCACCACCAAAAGCAAACAUGCCGAAGAUUUCGACUGAUCACAUCAGAAUUUUACGUUAUCAGUCGCUUAAUAGACACUUGAAAUCGAUCGAGCUGUUCACUCUCUGCAAGCCAUCAAGAAUGCACGAGGGAGGCCGAAUGAUGUGGAUGUGGUUCCACACAAAAUUGAACGACACACUACUUUUCAAGAGCUGGUGGAUUCAUGACCCUGGAAAGAUGGUAUGGUCAUGCCUAAUUGUUGCUGUGCUGGCGGUUGUGCUAGAAGCUCUGAGAUGGCUUCGAUGGGUUGCUCAAGUUCGCCGGGCUGAGGAAAAAACGUGGUACUCGCAUAUGCUGAAUUCGGCACAGUACCUGGACACGCUUCUAUACUUCGCUCAGAGUGUAUUAGCUUAUACGUUGAUGCUUUCGUUCAUGACUUUCUCGUGGGCCUCAUUUUUAAUAGUUUCUUACCAAGUACUGGCACGCUUGACGCAUGAAGCAAUGAAAAAAGGACAGAAAGACAUCAUCGAAUUUCCGGACAGCACAGUGAAUGUACAGGUGAAGUUCAGUGAGAAAGACAUGAAAUUCCUUGAUGAGUCGGAGAAGACUGACACGUCACUCGCUUCGACAUCCCCCAGAAUAAACGUGAAAUUCACAGCGACAAUAGCCAUGCUGUUGUCCGGAGGAGUUUUGCAGAUCCUUCUGUACUAUUUCGUGUACUUGUACCCUAAGCUUAUUGGACUUAUUUCUACAAUUAUUGGAAUAUUUUCUUACGAAUGGCAGAGAAUGUACGGAUCAUGUUUGACAAGAACUCCACGAGCCAGUUUCAAUUACAGCGAUUUAUUAGCAAAAGACCAGGACUAUAUUCCCCAUUACACCAUGGGUUGGUUACUAGGAGAAAGGUACAAGCCUUUUGUAAUAGGAUGUUCUCCUGACCAACCAGAUGACAGGACACCGAAUGAGCCUGAAGCAGUAUCACCCACUCGAGAGCCCCCCUCAGAUCCGAAAUUUCAUCGUUGA